UCAAAUCUCUCUCUCUCUCCAGAAUUCACGUGUCGUUUUCACCAAUUUCUCACAAAACCCACUAAAUUCCAGUUUGCACCCAAAUCCGCGGCCAAAAAUCCCGACUUUCACCCCCCUCCCCCCGAUCUCUCCAUUGUUCGAUUGCGCUCGAUAUCUCGCCGGAAAUCGGAAUCCGAUCGGCGAUCGCAGCUGUUUGAGAAAUCGUUUGGUAACAAGAAAGUCGCAUGAGCUGGUUGGGAGAGCUCGGUUUUUCAAAGAGGACAUUGAAUUCCAAUUCCAAUUCCAAUCACUUCAUUACGUGUCUCUUGCUCUUCAUUCCCCAUUACUCCCCUCAAUUGCCUCUUACCAUUCUUAAAUUCGAGAAGAAAGCCCUCGAUCCUUUAUUAUUAUUAUUAUCUAAUUUUAAUUUUAAUCCCAAUUUUAAUUUUAAUUCCAAUACCAAUUUCGAUUUGAAUCACCAUGGCGUCUGGAAGCAAGAGUAAUCACCAAUUGCGAAGAGCUCUUUGCUCAAAUGGUGAGAAGAGGCAGCGAUCGGCGCCGUCUCCGUCUGUAAUAGUUAUAGGCGGCGGCAUGGCGGGUGUUUCAGCCGCACGUGCUCUCCACGAUGCUUCAAUUCAGGUUGUGCUGUUGGAGUCUCGAGAUAGACUUGGCGGUCGAGUUUGCACCGAUUACUCAUUCGGUUUCCCCAUUGAUUUGGGUGCAUCAUGGUUGCACGGAGUAUGCAAAGAGAAUCCAUUGGCACCAUUGAUUGGGAGACUGGGGUUACCCUUAUACCGUACGAGUGGAGAUAACUCUGUGUUAUAUGACCAUGACUUGGAAAGCUAUGCACUCUUUGAUAUGGAUGGGAAUCAAGUUCCUCAAGAUUUGGUCACGAAAGUUGGCGAAGUAUUUGAGAACAUUUUGAAAGAGACAGACGCGGUAAGACAGGAAUUUAGUGAGGACAUGCCCAUUGCCCGUGCUUUCUCAAUUGUUUUUGAAAGGAAACCAGAAUUAAGGUUGGAAGGAGUUGCGCAUAAGGUACUGCAGUGGUAUUUGUGCAGAAUGGAAGGUUGGUUUGCUGCAGAUGCUGAUACAAUUUCACUUAAAUGCUGGGAUCAGGAAGAACUGCUCCCUGGUGGUCAUGGUCUGAUGGUCAGGGGUUACCUCCCUGUUAUUAACACCCUUGCCAAGGGUCUCGAUGUACGCUUGAGCCACAGGGUCAAAAAAAUAACAAGGCGAUAUAAUGGGGUGAAGGUAACAGUAGAGGAUGGGAGAACGUUUGUUGCAGAUGCUGCUGUUGUUGCUGUUCCUCUCGGUGUGCUUAAAGCAAAGAGCAUAACGUUUGAGCCAAAGCUACCCGAUUGGAAGGAAGCAGCCAUUGAAGACCUCGGAGUGGGAAUUGAGAAUAAAAUCGUAUUGCACUUUGAAAAUGUGUUUUGGCCAAACGUGGAGUUCUUAGGAGUGGUUGCUGACACAUCUUACUGCUGCAGCUACUUUCUAAAUCUUCACAAGGCAACCGGUCACUCUGUGCUUGUUUAUAUGCCUGCAGGGCAGCUGGCUAAAGACAUAGAGAAAAUGUCUGAUGAAGAGGCUGCUAAUUUUGCUUUUACGCAACUCAAGAAGAUCCUUCCAGACGCUUCUACUCCGAUUCAGCAUCUUGUUUCUCGCUGGGGUAGCGAUGUUAACACGCUCGGGUCUUAUAGCUACGACAUGGUAGGCAAACCGCAUGAUCUGUACGAGAAGCUAAGGGUCCCGGUGGAUACCCUAUUUUUUGCCGGGGAGGCAACAAGUGUGGACUUCCCAGGCUCAGUGCACGGUGCAUUCGCUACUGGAGCAAUGGCAGCCGAAGACUGCAGGAUGAGAGUUCUUGAGCGUUAUGGGGAGUUGGAUUUGUUCGAGCCAGUCAUGGGCGAGGAGGCCAUGUCUAUACCGCUUCUUAUCUCCCGCCUGUAACUUCCCGGCCGCCAUCCUCCGGCUACAUGAACCCAAGUCUUGAAGAUACGUUCACGUCAGAAUGGCUCACAUAAACUCGCCAUUUCGAUUGGGGUGGCUGGGAAAGGGUGUGGAAAAUUACUGUUUUCCCUGUGGAUCAAGCAGUGGUGUUUUGUGUUUGCAGGUCUCAUGUGAGUGGCAUAUAUCAGUAUUUGCACAAUCAUUGGACGAUCACUGAAUUAUUAUUAUUAUUAUUAUUAUAAAAUAUAGCCUAAGAAUAAAAUAGGUAACGGAAUAUUAUAAAUAAAUUGUGAUAUUUAGGUGGCCUCCGUUUAAUUGUGAUAUCCGUUACCCAAAUUACAAAGUAGAAUUUGAAUACUACAACUUAUCAGCCGCUCA